GGGCGGGGAGGCAGGUCUGGGGGCGGACCUAAGAAGAGGAGGAGGAGGAGGAGAGGGAGGAAGAGUUGCUGCUGAAAGGAGGUGGCGAAGGAGGAGUCAGAGCAGCUGCUGCCAGCCCCGCGGGCACCACCGGAGUCCUGCCCGCUGCCGCACAAGUGGCCACGGGCGCGAUCCGGGCCAAACGUCUCGUCCUCCAUGAUCACUUUGGGAGCCGGGGGAAGACUUUGCCCGGCUGUGCGAGCUGGUGUGCGUUGCCCAGGCUUGGCGGAGACGGUACAGCGGCAGCAGCUCGAGCGGCAGGAGCUGCAGCUGGAGCAGCAGCAGCAGCAGCAGCAGCAGCAGCAGCCACCGCCGCCGCCGCCACAGAGUCCGGAUCGCAGCAGCGGCUACAGCCUGGGGCGUGUGCGUCCCGCGCCCAGCGGGCUCAGUUCCCCACGGAAUGUCCCCGGGGCGCCCCGCGCGCUGACCCUGCAGCCGCCUCCGCCUUGGGCGCCCGCCUCCUCCCUCCGGCGGGCUCGGUGAUCCGGACCGCGAGCUUCCCGGCUCCUAGGCAGUAGGGGAAGCCCCCCGGGGGCGGGUGACCUCAGCUGGCCGCGACCCAGCCCUCCCCAGUGCGGAUCUCGCUUAAGAUGGCAGCGGAGACAGGGGAACUAAUCGGGGCUUGUGAGUUCAUGAAAGAUCGAUUAUAUUUUGCUACUUUAAGGAAUAGACCAAAAAGCACAAUAAAUACCCACUAUUUCUCCAUCGACGAGGAGCUGGUCUAUGAAAAUUUCUAUGCAGAUUUUGGACCUCUGAACUUGGCAAUGGUGUACAGAUACUGCUGUAAACUAAACAAGAAACUAAAAUCAUACAGUUUAUCAAGAAAGAAAAUAGUGCACUACACCUGUUUCGACCAGCGGAAACGAGCGAACGCAGCGUUCUUGAUAGGUGCUUAUGCUGUUAUCUACUUAAAGAAGACACCAGAAGAAGCCUACAGAGCGCUCCUGUCUGGCUCAAACCCCCCUUUCCUUCCAUUCAGGGACGCAUCCUUUGGAAAUUGCACUUACAACCUCACCAUCCUUGACUGUUUACAAGGAAUCAGAAAGGGAUUACAGCAUGGAUUUUUUGACUUCGAGACAUUUGAUGUGGAUGAAUAUGAACAUUAUGAGCGAGUUGAAAAUGGGGACUUCAACUGGAUUGUUCCAGGGAAAUUUUUAGCGUUUAGUGGACCGCAUCCAAAAAGCAAAAUUGAAAAUGGUUACCCUCUCCACGCCCCCGAAGCCUACUUUCCCUAUUUCAAAAAGAAUAACGUGACUGCAAUCGUGAGAUUGAACAAAAAGAUUUACGAGGCGAAGCGCUUCACAGACGCCGGCUUUGAGCACUACGACCUGUUCUUCAUAGACGGCAGCACCCCCAGCGACAACAUCGUGCGAAGGUUCCUGAACAUCUGUGAGAACACAGAAGGGGCCAUCGCGGUCCACUGCAAAGCCGGUCUGGGAAGAACAGGGACAUUGAUAGCCUGUUAUGUCAUGAAACACUACAGGUUCACACAUGCUGAAAUCAUUGCUUGGAUCAGAAUUUGCCGACCAGGCUCCAUCAUCGGACCCCAGCAGCACUUCCUGGAAGAAAAACAAGCAUCAUUGUGGGUCCAAGGAGACAUUUUUCGAUCCAAACUGAAAAAUAGACCUUCCAGUGAAGGAAGUAUUAAUAAAAUUAUGUCUAGCUUGGAUGAUAUGUCUAUUGGUGGAAACUUAUCUAAAUUGCAAAGUGCGGAAAGGUUUGCAGAGAGUCAUUUAGAAGACGAAGAUGUGGAAAUGAAAAACAACGUAACACAGGGAGACAAACUACGUGCCUUAAAAAGCCAGAGGCAGCCCCGCUCCUCGCCAUCCUGUGCAUUUAGGUCAGACGAUAUGAAAGGACCCCAAAGGGCAGUGGCCCAGACUUUCAGAUUAAGUUCUUCCCCACAACCAUCUGUGUCUACUGUGAAGACCCCCAAAGUGUGUUUGUCCCCUUCAGCGACAGCCAAAAGGAUAAACAGAGGUUCUUCAUCUUCGGGUGCAAAUACAAGAAGCUUCCCGGUAAACUCCCGGCUAGCCAGUUCCCUUGGGAACUUGAACGCUGUGACGGAUGACCCCGAGAACAAAAAGACCGCCUCGCCCACCAAGGCAGCGUUCAUAGCCAGCCCGUUCACCAGCUUCUUGAAUGGCAGCUCCCAGCCACCUGGCAGAACUUACCCUGAGCUCAACAACAACCAGUACACCAGAAGCAGCAACGGCGGAGGCAGCAGCGGUCUUGGGAGCAACCUGAACAGCUGCUCCCCAGGUCCCCUGAGCGCCAAGCCUGAGGAACACACCACCGUCCUUAGACCCUCCUUCCAGGGGGGGCUCUCUUCCUCCUCAGCGAGAUUCCUGAGCCGUUCUAUCCCUUCCCUUCAGUCUGAAUUUGUUCAUUACUAAGGCCUUGCCACACCAGUGAAGGCGGUUCCAUUCUGAGCCAUCAGGACGUGCAGUGUGGAAGGGAAUGGCUGCUCACCCGGAGGAUGUCUCUCUCUUCUUACCUUAAAGAGUGUUAGACACAGCACCACUGAGGGACUUGAGACCAGAACGCUGGCUAGUGACUACUGCAAAUGCACUGUACUGCUGUUUAUGGAGGUGGCCACACCUGUAAAGACAGUUUUAAUGUUGAAUUUGGUAUUUUAAAAGGUUAUUUUUAAUGUGUUUUGGUAAUGCAUUUGUUAUUGCAUUUACAUGUACAGUGUUACAUUAUAUAUGAUCAUGAACUUUAUAAAAGACUAUUUUGAUAAUUUUGUAAGUAUAUCAGAUUAUAUAAAAGCUAGACUAUAUUUUGAUUUAGACUUUCCUGCUGUUUGCUACCAAAAAUUUGUAUUUUAAAUUUGUUUAGCUUUAGUAUGAUUUUGUCUACAAAGAGUUAAAUAACUCUUCCUUAUUAAGUGAAAGUGAGGGAGCACAUAUCUAAAAAGUGAUUUUUAAUGCUCCCCCAUGAGUCCAGUAGAUCAGAGCAUUCUCUGCUGAAGUCUGCCUGAGCUGGAGUUCAUCCAAAUUCAUCUCGACCAAGAGUGUCGAUGUUGAGAGGGUUUACUUAGGAAAAAAACCUUCCCUUUGUUUUUCUGCUUGAAAGUUUUGAGUAGGAGGCUUAAAAAAAAAAAAAAAAGAAAAAAGAAAAAACUUUAGCAUCUCUUUCAUACCAGAAAUCGCUGUGAGUCUCUCCUGAAAGCAUGACUUUUUUUUCCUCUGUGAAAGGACAGAACAUUCCAAAUGCUUUUAUUU